GAGAACUUGAACAACCUCCGAUCGCUUUCUAUGCACAUCAUUUGAAAGACCCGGUUCUUGAUACUGAAAAUGAGAUUCUUAUAUUUGAAAAGACAAUCACUAACGAGGGAAGAGGAUACGACACGUCCACGGGAUUGUUCACAACACCUGUUGGAGGACUGUACCAGUUUGUUGUUCAUACAUGUGCUGGAAAGAACAGAUAUACAUAUCUUGGCCUGGUGUUGGAAGGUAGCGUUAUUUCAGCAGAUUCUAAUUAUGGUGAUGCAUCUAAUGGCUGUAAUAACUUUGGAGCAAUAAUAAGAGUUAGAUCUGGAGAAAAGGUUUAG